GGCGCCAGGGGGAGGCGGGCCAAGCCGGCGGCCGGCCGCUGCCUCCUCCCCAGCAGCCGCGGCCCCCCGGAGCUGGGGGCAGGGCUGAGGCCGGGGCGGGGGAGCGCGGCGGGGGACUGAAUCGUGUCUCUGUGCAUAGGUGAGCCCGAUGUGGAUUCGCCGGCUGGGCGAGGGGCAGCGCGGCGGUCCUUAGCUGUUCCCCCGGAGCCGGCGAGGCCCUGUGUGUGUGCGGGGUGGGAGACAUGGACUCGGCAGAGCCCGCGGGCGCCGCGGGUGGAGACCUUUCGGCGGAUCGGGCCGCGGCCAGCCGUCUUCGGUGCGGGGAGGAGGAGCCGGACAAGGAGGGAGAGGAUGCGGGAGGGAAGAGCGGCGGCUGCUCCUGGGAGCAGAGCCUGAACCCCGAGCUGCAGCAGGGAUACCGCAUCUUGCGCGAGUUUCUCCUGGAGAAGUACCGACCUCUGACAGCCCCGUUCUUGAAGCCCCUCGCGGAUCAGGCAUCUGUAACGGAGGAAGGAGCUGGCUGCCUCUCGGGUCGUAACAGCAGUCACUCCUUUCAGCAGCUGCCAGCUGAAAUGUGGCUGUUGAAAAUGGAAGAGAAAUUUUCCAGUGGGCAGUACACAGGAAUAGAGGAUUUUGUGGGUGACUUCCGGCUAAUGCUGGAGACAUGUUACCGGCUGCACGGUGUAGAUCACUGGCUCUCCAAACAGGCCCAGAAGCUGGAGAUGAUGCUGGAACAGAAGCUGGCACUGCUGUCCCGGCAUUUGAGAGAGAAAACAUCAAUAGCUGUAACAUCUAGAGGCUGCUAUGGACUGGAAGAUGAGAAAGGAAUAGCUUGCAUUUCAACAAGACGUCGUUCCAUGCCUCGCAAUUUAAUAGGCUUGUCAACAGGCCUGUUUGAGUCUGUGAUGGUUCAGGUUCUAAGACAAGAGGAACAGCUGAAAGCAAAAGAGGAAAAGAGGCUGAGAGAGCAAGAAAGAAAAGAAGCAGAAGAAGCUAGUCAAAAAGAAAUAGAAGAAUGGGAAAAGUCACUUCUAGCUCAAGCAGCACCUACAAGGAUGGAGACAAUGUGGGAGAUUCCAGCUAUUGGUCAUUUUCUUUGUUUAGCACAACAGAUUUUAAAUUUACCUGAAAUAGUAUUCUAUGAAUUGGAACGUUGCCUUCUGAUGCCUCAGUGUAACGCUUUUUUAUCCAAAAUAAUGACUUCUUUGUUAAGUCCUCCUCAUCGCAGAUCUACGUUACAUCGCAGGCCUACACUUUCUUACAGGACUUGGGAAGCAGCUCUGAGACGGAAAGUACAACACUGGUAUACUGUUGUAGGGCAGACUGACAAUCCUAACAGUUCUGCAGAAAAACUUGGAUUGUGUCCUCAGUUUUUCAAAGUCCUUGGAGAAGUUAGUCCCUUGGAGAAAAAACCGUUUCAUGAGCUACCAUUCUACCAAAAAGUGUGGCUGUUGAAAGGUCUCUGUGAUUUUGUGUAUGAAACACAAAAGGAUGUUCAGGAUGCUGUGCUAGGUCAGCCUAUCCACGAAUGUAGAGAAGUAAUUCUUGGUUAUGACUACUUGGAGAAUGCUUAUGUUCAUUUUCCUCAGUUCUGUGGUGCAGAUGUUCGGAUUUACAAACAAAAACCUUUCCAGGCUCCUGAAUUCCCAUCCCCUACCAUCAAAGUUAAAAAAGUGUCACGUAUUAAAUUGGAGAAAGUAAAACAUGAAUAUGUAAGCAAAAGCAAUGGGGAGGUCAGUUCUGGUGGCAGAGAAGAGCAUCAUUCCAAGACAGAAUUAGAGAAAAGUAUGGACUCCAUUGUUAUCUGUCCAGAAAAAAAAACACAUUUAAAUACCUUUAGAGUAACUGCAGAUGAGAUUAACUGUGAAAUCAAGACUUCAGCAGCCUACAACAUCAACAAAUCUGGUUGCUAUAAAGAGAACUUGAGGAAUUUGAUUAGUUCUGGAGAGAUUGUUGAUAUGGGCGCUCACCCUGGUUCAGGAGACAUAAAGGCUGUGGAGAAUGGACAAGAUCGCGCUGAAAUGGCCAGAGUAAAAGCUGAAAUCAGUCCAUUCAAGGAGAACAUGCUGAAAGCUUGCCAAAUGCAUGUCAAUGGCACUCGUAAUGCCAACCAAGAAAUAAAUUACCACGAAUCUGCUAAAGAAACAAUGCUAGAGAACUUGAUGCAAAAUAAUAAGAAACUAAUUAAGUUACGGGCAAAAAAGAAGAAAAAGAAAAAAAAGAAGUUGAAAGAUAUUCUGAAUGAAAAUCUACAGAGAAAACUUGAUGACUUGCAAAGAAAGCGUGAGAUUCAUCUUCAUCCAUUCAAAUCUUACAAAUCUGAGAUCCAGAACAAGUUGUUUAUAAUUAAAAAGAAAGCAAAACACAAGAAGCACAAAUCUGGAAAAAAAUCUGUAUCUAAAAAACCAAUCACAAAGAAGAGGAAAGAUGUCAUAAAGUCUACCCUACCGGAAUUUCAGCUUAUUUGCACUAAUCUUGAUGAACUCAGGGAAUUAAUCACAAAGAUUGAGAAUGAACUCAAAGAUCUGGAGGACAUUAAAAAGAAAUCGGGAAGAUGGUACCACCGGAAGCAAGCAGUAAAGGAAUUGCAUGGUACGUUGGUACGACUGCUUAAUGAACUGUUACCAUGGGAACCAAAACUAAUGAAAGCAUUUCAAAGAAACAGGUCUAGGUUGAAGAAGGACUAUGAUGACUUUAAAAGACAUCCAGACCAUGAUAAAUUCACCAGGGAAUUGUGGAGUAAUGAUGAAAGUGAAGUUGAUUCUGGCAAAGAUUCUUUUGCAGUAGUUUGCAGUAAAUCUUUGGAGUCUGCAGAACACGUGGAAGUUCCCAAAAAGGUUCACCCAGACAAUGAUGAAAUGCAACUAUUGGAGAUGAAUUUACCUGCAGGAAAAAACAGAAUUCUGAAGAAAGAAUCAACUUUUAAAGACACACAGAAGACACUGUCCAAAUGUAUUAAACGACAGUCCAAGCAAACUAGUUGUCUGGAUCAAAGCACUAAUGAGCUUUCGCCAAGGAAGAAAGCUAAGCUGAGUGCUAAUGAGGUUGUUGUACAGAGUUCAGAAAGUAGCCUGCAACCAGAGAGUUGUUUGACUGAGCUGAAACAAUUUGAAGGGUCAACUCUAGAAUCAUUUUCCAUGACAGAUCCUGCAGCAUCAGUGUCAAACUUUCUAAAAGGGACCAAACCCAUCCAGGCCUUGCUUGCCAAGAAUACUGGGAACAAAGUGACCUUAACAAAUCAACUGUCACCUCCCCCAAACAUAAAUAUAUCUACUUCUGAAAAGCCAGUUUUAUCGCCUUUGGAAUCAUCACUGGUAAAAACAGCAUUGCCCUGCCAGACCAAUUCAAAGACUCCUUUACAAAUGAUAUACAAAAUGACAAAUGGCCACUGCAUACCAAUAGACCUUCACAACAGCUCUGUGAAAAUUCAGAAACAACCUGUGAUUGACCCUAACACUGGAGAAAAAUUCAUGCAACAAGUUCUUAUUUUACCUAAGAAUUUUCUUGUUCAGCAGAAGGAAGGAAAAAUUGUGUCCAAGGAUAUUCAGUCACUACAACAAAAAUCAUCUGAACUGCACUGUACAACUUUACCAGAAAUAUCAAAUGUCAGUGUUUCUUUAACACCUGUUCUGGUAACAGGCCCUGCAAAUGCUAAUACUCAGUCACCUAGUACUAUUUUUAACAAGAACUUUUCACAAGCAAUUGGUCCCAUGAACACUACACAACCAUUGCCUGCUGUAACUUCAGCAGGUAGCUUACCAGCAUCAACAGUUAAGGCGAACCAAGCUGAAACUGACAAAAUCAAGACUGCAGUUUCAACUCGCACCUUCCCUGUGUCUUUGGCUUCACCUACUCCUUCCACAGCUAGCCAGUCUUUGAUAUCAGCAACAGCAUUAAGUGGGUCUAGGAACACUGCUUCUGCCUGUCAUGGUCUUGCGUCACAGCAGACAACUGACUCCUUUGAAACCAGGCAAGAGCUGAAGACAGUGUGUAUAAGAGAAUCACAAUCUAUUCUGGUCACAACACGAGGUGGAAACACAGGAAUCGUUAAAGUGCAAACAAACGCAGACCAGAUUUCACCUACUAGUUUAUCUUCUAGCUCAGUUUUCACAUACACACCUCAACUUCAGGCCUUUCUUGUGCCAAAAACCACAGCAUUAUCAUGCUCUACUCUUCCAUCUGUAGCAACAGCCAUAUCUGGUCUCCCACAUAUUGGACAAUUGUCUCUUUCUGGAUUUGCCUCCUCAACAGCUUCUUCUGUUAACAUUCCAGCCUUCCCAGCUAGUUUUACCCAGACAAUGGAGAAAAAUAUAAAAUUCGCAUUACAGCAGCCUGCUGUUGGAGGCACUUUUGGUCAAGUAAUAGAGAAUUCCUGCCAUGUGUCCUCUCCUUCUUUAUCCUCCAUUUCAUUAGCUAGCAACUUGGUGUCAGCAACUCCAAACAGUCCUGUCAGUGUGACUAGGACUGGACAAAAUACUGUUGUAACUCCAACUUCUUUCGUGCAGCAACAAGGUGAUGCUAAAACUAAACCAAAUUUUGUUAUACAGUCUGAGUCUAAUUCAAAUGGGGAUUUGAUCAGUGGUACUCCAGUCCAGAAACUUACAUUAGUCACAAAUCCACCUAUUUUAUCACCCUGUGGGUCAUCAGGAGUCAGUAUUAUACCUCCUCCAGCAUCAACUGGUGUUAAUGCUCAGAAACUGGUUUUCAUGAACACACAAAUUGCCAAUGGCCCAUCAACCACCAAUCUGGUUGCAGAGUCAUUGCAACAUAACCUUCCUUCUCCCCUAAACAAAACCUUUGUUAGUGCCACAGAACAGCCACAGUUGGUUCUGAUCCCAUCUACAGUAGGAGCACCAAUAAGAAUAAAUUCAUCAUCAACUAUUGCUCAAGUAAAAGAUGUGAAAGUUGGACUAAAUAUAGGUCAAACCAUUGUAAAUACUAAAGGCAGUGCACAGCAGGCUCCUCCAGUUAAUAUACUGCACUCUGCCAUUUCUAAGGGAGAAGACAAGAAGCCCGUGGGCUUGGUGCUGUCUUUGACAAGUUCUAGUCCUUUGGUUCCUGUUCCAAGUUUUGCGAGUCAAAGUGUUGUGUCAGUUAGUGAACCUGUAUGUCUUGCAGCAAAAGCUGAAAACGCCUUUACAGUAACAACAGCAAAUGCGUGUGUAGAAUCUGUUUCAGUAACAUCAAGUGGGACUUCUGGGACACGCCCCAGUGUUUUGAUUGGUGGAAAUGAUCCCUCAAGAAUAAGGCCAGUUCUGGGUAAUCGACUGUGUACAUCAAAUAUUGGAAGUACUGUGGGCAUAUCAACUGUGAAAACAGGGCAUCUUGCUUCAUCUGUGCUGAUUUCAACAACACAGCCAACAGUAUCUCCUCAAAACUUAGCCUCUGCUUUGCAAUUUCCAGUCAUUAGCUUGCCUGGAUCUGUAGCCACCUCCCACCAAGUGUUACGUACGGUUCCUCAGUUGACAGCAGUUCCAGCUCCUCCUCCAGUACCAAAAAGCCAAUUGCCGACACUGCUUCAGUUUCAGUCAUCGGGAGGUUCAGCUGCAAUGCCAAGUAAUGCAGGUAUUCACAAACCUCAGAGUGCGUUGUCCCCUCCAUCACAAAAUACAGGUAAAGUCAUUAAUUUUCAUAGUUUUAAUUCCCUGCAAUGCCAGCGGGUGGCUCCCAGUACAGACAAAAAGAGUCACACUUACGCUUGUGCUUCUACUGUUCAGACAUCUGCAGCUUCACCAACUGUAACAAGUAAGGCAGGAGGCCAGUUGAAUGAACCUUGCAUUCAACAGAAAAUAGUCAUUAACACCUGUAUGCCCUUGGCACCUGGAACUCAGAUAAUGAUUAAUGGUACUUGUUUUGUUGUUCCACCACAAGGCCUUGGAGCUGGCAGCCACGUUCUUCUUCUCUCUUGUAAUACAAAACAAACUCCUCCUUUGACUAUUAACCGUGGUCAAGAGGCUCAAAGUGUACCAAUUCCUAAUCCAACAACUUCAAAAAUCAUGCUAGCGCCAAGUAAUUCAUUAAGUUGGCAAAUAUCAAAACAUCCUUUGAAAAGCUCAACAAAAAUUGUGAACUCUUUUGAGUCUGCAGAUGGUUUACCCAUCGUACGUGCAACACCCCAGACAUUUAGUACUCCAGCUAGCUCAUCUACUCCACUGUGUGCAGCGACACCAUCUGUGUCUUCAGUGAUAAAAUCUCCAGUUAGUGUUGUAGCUGCAUCUUCUGAUUCCGCUGUUCAUCCUCUGAACUCUCGUUUACCAAACAACACUUCAGUGACACACUUAGACACUUCUAUCAAAAAACUGUUGGUCAGUCCAGAGGGAGCUAUUUUGAAUGCUAUCAACACUCCAGCCUCAAAAGUUUCUUCUCUGUCUUCAUCACUGCCUCCUGUUGUUGUGACCACAAGCAGAAGUCCUACCACUGUCUUCCCUGCAUCUCAGUCAUCUUGCCUUGAUAAACCUGACGAAGCUGCAUCUUGAAUUUACUGCAAAUGAGCCACUUCGGAGUUUUGGGGCAUUCUUCUGACUUUGGAAGUUGUAACUGUUUAAUAGUUUCUCACGUUGUUUGCAAAAGUCGUUUUACUCAAAAUGACUUAAGAUUACUGUUCUUUCUGGUUUACCUAUGGGGAUUAUGAAGAAGAAAAAUAUAUUUAGUUUGCCAGAGUGAUGUUUUCAGAGAGUUCUUCAGUAAAAGGUCAGAAAUUACCAAUGAGUUCAUUAAACGUUUUAGUUUGGAGAAAUGUAGCCUUUUGCACAUGUUCCAUCUUACAGUACGGACUGUUUGCCCGUGUGUUUAUGACAGUAUAUACCACCUUUUUGUCAAAUUUAUUUUUUAUUUGUUUCUGUUAAAAAAAAUAUGCAUUAUAAAAAUGCAGGCUAUGGUAUAGAAUUGUACAUAUUCAUGACUUCCUAACAAUCUGUACUAAACUAUAUGUACAAAGAACAAUGCUGUCUUAUUUAUGUUUUGUUUACAUAAUGUAUAGUUUUUUAAGUAUUUUAGUAACUUUGGACCAGUGUACUGUUUAGCAACAAUGCAGAAAAAUCUGCAUAUAAUAAAUCAAGUUGCUGUACUGCUUUGUCUUGGCAAUAGUUUAAAAAUGUGUGUAUCUGUUACACCAUGGCAGAAUACAUAUCUAUACAUCUUCCUACUUAAUGCAGAUGCAUCUCAGCUCAGCUAUAUUCCUGCAUCUCAGGAAUAUAGUGGAAUGAAAUUAUUUCAUCUCUUCUUGUGGUUUAAGUUUCAUGUGAUUUGAUAGAGUUGGAAGGAAGGCCGUCUUCUUCAUCUUCUAAUACAUGGUGAGAUAACCCAUACUUCAUCCAGUCUUAAUAAUGUUUGCUUAUAUUGCCUAAAAUCUCCAGUGGUGUGGUAAGGCUAAAAAUGGUUUCCCAGAUACCAGUCUAAGUGACACUGGUUGCUGUUCCAUGUUUGGUUGCUACCAUGUUUUGUCAUAAAGCUCAUAGAUCUGUUAAACAGUUUGUUAUUCUCUUUUUAUAGCCUUCUGUGCAUUUCCACGUAUUUGGUCACUCUUUAAUUUUCUGUCUAGCCAUAACAAGCUACUCGUUUUUUCCACCGGUGAUGUUUUCUAGAUCUGUAUUUUUUUCUUUAGCUUUUAAUGGUCUGUCUGAAAGGAUAGUGCUAAAACAUCACGCAGUACUAAAGGAGGCCUUAUGAAUGCUCUGAGUGGGAAUAAUGCACAUAUUUCAUAAACCUUUGCUUUUUAUGCAGUAUAUUCACUGUUUGUUGGAUUAGCUUCAGCUUUUGAUAUGAUGAAAUGCUUGGAUUGUUUUCUGCAGAUCACCUGAGUUUACAGGUCCCUGCUGCAGUGUUCGUAGAAAUGGUGAAGUGUUUUGGUAUGUUUUGAGACUUAGCAUAUGCAGAAAGAGUACUUGUCUAGCUGCUCUUAUUUUAUGGAAGAUGAUAUUUUAGAAGUGCUCUUUUAAAAUCUAAAGUCAUAGUCUCUGUUAUGUGCUUGGAAGAUUCAGUCUUACGCUGAACAUCUUUGUAUGUGUGGGAUUUUUUUUGUUUAGUUGUUUCAGGGGUUUUGUGAUUUUUUUUGGUUGGUUGGUUGUUUUUUGGUGGUGUUGUUUUAUUUGGGUUUGGUUUAGGUUUUUUUAUAGACACUAGAAGGGAAGAUUUCUAAAUAACCCAUGAAUGUUAGUUGCCUUUUUAAUAGCCAUGACUUUAAAAGGGGAUAAAAGCUUGCAAAUCUGUAUUUAGUAGCAUUCUUAGACUGAUUUUCGUCAAGACACGGCUUAAACUUUUGCUCCUCAUCUUGUCGAGUUUUCUCUUUCCCCUCCCCAUUUGCUAUGCACAGUUUGGCAGUUUGGAUCUUGCAUUGAAGAAUAAAACCACAGCUUACUCCCUCUGUGUUGGCUGCCUUUCAUGUUGUUUUGAAAAGUAAUCUGGUAACUACUUCACUAGGGCUCUGGGAAAGUACGUGGAGGAAAGGCUUGUGCCCUCCACAGGUGCCUUCCCUUUCUGCGCUAACUACAAUUUUGAAUGGGAAAUGGCUUCAUUCUGGAUCAGAAAUCCCCACCCUAACUCAGGACUGGGAAAGGUGGAAGCCAGCAGUCUUGGGGUGAGGGAGGGUUUGGUUUUGUGUUAGAAAAAGCUACCUGGUGCACUUUUCUUACCUCUCAUUUAAGGUGUUACGUAAUCAGUUUUGAAAAUACCUAGUAGUAUAUGGUGUCUGCCUGCCAGAGUUUGCAAUAUUAAGGCUUUUUAAAUCUGACUGCAUUUUGCAGUUGAAUGCUGCAGGUGACUUUUCCAACAGAGGAAGAUGGCGGAUUAUGACAGUUUAUUCACGGACAGUUUACAUACUCUAAACCAUAUAUACCAGCAACACGUUUUAUUUCCAUUUCACUGGUGGAACCUUGGGAUGGACUUCCUUGGAUUUUUCGCUCCUUUUAUAAUGGCUGGUUUUCCUUUUUAAUUUUUAUUUAUGUUUGUUGUAAUGUGAGUAUGUACAUUGUUUGGAAAACUUAAGACUAGGUUCUACUAUUGCAGGCAGCCUGGAUGGAGAAGAAAAUCUUGCAUGACAUUUUUCUGUGUUCUAAUGUAAUAGAAAGAUUUAUGCUAUAAUUAAUUCCAAUAAAGACCAAAGUUAGAAAAGCUUAA